CCAUAUCCUUAAAUCAGAAAGUUUGUUGAUAAGAUGGUACUAAAGACAAUUGAUCUGAUUAAGAAUGAAAUUCCUCUAAAUGAGGAAUCAGUGGUUAUAUCAGAGGCUGCCAAGACUGGUCUAGUUCUUGUAGAUAUCAUCAAUGGCUUCUGCACUGUUGGAGCUGGAAAUCUGGCUCCAAGAGAACCCAACAGGCAGAUUUCAGAAAUGAUUGAUGAAUCUGCUAGGCUGGCAAGGUUGUUCUGUGAAAAGGGUUGGCCUGUUCUUGCCUUUCUUGAUUCACACAGUCCUGACAAGCUUGAACACCCUUAUCCUCCUCACUGCAUCUCUGGCUCUGAUGAAUCCAAUCUUGUUCCUGCUCUGAGAUGGCUAGAGAAUGAACCAAAUGUGAGGAUCAGGCACAAAGAUUGCUAUGAUGGCUACAUCGGAUCAGCUGAGGAAGACGGCUCUAACGCUUUUGUUGAUUGGGUAAAAGACAACAAGAUUCAAGUUUUACUGGUGGUUGGAGUUUGCACAGACAUUUGUGUUCUGGAUUUUGUUUGCUCAACCAUAUCGGCUAGAAACCGAGGUUUUCUUGAUCCUUUGGAGGAUGUUGUUGUUUGCUCAAAGGGAUGUGCCACUUUUGACUUCCCACCCUCCAUGGCAAACAACACCAAAGAUAUCAUGCCUCAUCCCCAGGAGCUCAUGCAUCACAUGGGACUUUACAUGGCCAAACAAAGAGGAGCAAAGAUAGCUAAAGAUGUAUCUAUUUCUCAAGUUUGAACUAAAGAUCAUGUGAUCUAGGAAAAAGGGUUUUCUUUAUUCAACCAAAGUACUGUAGUUUAAUGUACUAGAAUACAUUCUAGUA